UUGCAAAGUAUGUUCAUAUUAUGAAUGAUUUAAAAUAUACAGCAGUUCCUUCUGCCCAUGUUCCAUGAAUAAGGGCCCCUGUGUUUAUACCAUGAAGACACAUUUCAGGACGUGCUGAAAUAAAAACAUGCAAUCUGAAAUCUUGUAUUAGACCUGGUUUGGCCUCAGCUAAGGCCAUCCUGUAGAUCUAUUAACCGGUGAAGGUGGUGUGAUCGAGUGACCUUGAUGGCCAGUAGGCUGGUUUCUAUGGGUCAGUCAUUAGUGUUUAUAUUAAGUGAACUUUCAUCCUAUUUGUUGAAACAUCAGAUGCAUUUGUACAGGCAACACAUCAUGUCUGUGCUCACUAGAAGCAGAAAUGUAAUACAGAACAAUAAUAAUCUUAAUAUUUUAAACAAACAACUUUGAGCCUUUCAUAAUUCAGUUUAAUACAUAUUGAACCUAAAUUUAACAAAACACAUUGGGAUUUCUGGACUCUAGUAAAAAUAUAAUGGUUAUUUUAUUGAGCAUAUGUAAUGUAUUUUUAUUAGAUGAAGGUUGCAAAAUGGAAAAUGUCCUCAGUUGUCUUAUCAAUAAUGAGUUUUGCUUUAUCUUAUCUGCUCGAAUUUUUAGUAGAAUCACAAUCUCUUUCAUACUAUUGACUUUGUGACCUUGGAGCUUGCAUAACAAUCUUAAUGAACAAAGUGUUGAUGAAUAAACAACACUUAAUUUAACUUGCAAUCUCUAUAUAUGCAAACAUGAAUUAAUGAAUAUUAAUGCAGACAUUUUUGCAGAAAUGUCUUGCAAAUUCCAUACAAUACAACUUGAGUAUGAAGUUAUUUUAGAACGCAAAUUCUAUUCAAAUAUCAACUGUAGAAAAUUUACAUGAUGUUUACAUUUUUUAAAAAAAAUUCCGUAUUAAGUCUGUGACAGAUAUUAAUAUCAUAAGUUGUAUGUGUAUUUUAAAAAGAAAAACGUCAACAAUACAUUUCGUUGACAAUUAUAUUUUUGUUUAUAUAAAAAGUAUAAACUAUAUAUUAUAGUGCUGUGACGGUGAAAUCGUUUGAAUGUGAGCGCAGUAUGAGGUCCUGUCACCUGCUCCACACCUCACGUGACACGAUGGUAGGUUUGAAUGGAACAGUAGACGCACAACGUUAUUUCACCUGAGAAACGCAUGUAGUACUGCGUAGGGCACACAUCUGUUUCAUUCACUCCUGCUUUGAAAACUACACGAUUUCCAACAGCACUGACAGGGAAAAAAACCCGUUCGAACAUACUCUGUACAAUGUCUGCUGAUGAGUGUAUAUCACAGAGUGAUUCCAAGGAAAUUCCUGUCUCUGGAAAUGAUACUGAAGGUUCUGUUAAAACUGAGGAAUAUCAGACCGUAGCACUCCAUGACUCCAAAAACCAACCAAAUGGGGAUUGUUCAUUCCCUGUCAUGAAGAAUAACACAGGCGAUGAACUGGCAAUACCAUUGACGACUGGAGAUGUGCGUCUUGCUCAAGCCCAGGAGCUGUGGAGCACAGCCGGAGACAAGCCUGUCAAACUGAGGAUGGAGACAUCGGGACUUGGCUCAGAACCUCCGAUGACGAUCCAUCAGAUGUUCCUCGCUACAGUGCAGAAGUACGGAGACUAUCCUGCCCUCCGUGCAAAGAAAGAUGGAACUUGGGUCACUCUGACCUACAAGGAGUACUAUCAACAUGCAAGAGUGGCAGCCAAAAGCUUUCUGAAGCUGGGCCUGGAGCGAUUCCAUGGUGUGGGUAUUCUGGGCUUCAAUUCUCCUGAAUGGUUUAUAGCCGACGUUGGAUGUAUCCUAGCAGGGGGACUGGCCACUGGAAUCUACACCACUAACUCUCCAGAGGCCUGCCAGUAUGUCGCUCAUAACUGUGAAGCUAAUGUUCUAGUUGUGGAAAACAACAAACAACUGAUCAAAAUCCUCCAGGUCAGAGAUCAGUUGCCACAUUUGAAGGCUAUUGUUCAGUACAAAGGUGAACUGGAGCAGAAGUUACCAAACGUUUAUACGUGGGCGGAAUUUAUGAAGUUGGGAGCGAAUGUCCCUGAUUCUGAGCUGGAUGUGUUGAUAGACAGUCAAAAGGCCAACGAGUGCUGCACAUUAAUCUACACAUCAGGCACCACAGGGAAUCCCAAAGGGGUAAUGCUCAGCCAUGAUAGUAUCACUUGGACAGCCAGUGCAGCAGGUCGUAUGAUCAAUCUGAAGAUGGCUGAAGAGGAACUUGUGAGCUACUUGCCCUUGAGUCACGUGGCAGCCCAGGUCCAAGACAUGUGGAUCUGCAUGAGGUUUGCCGGCAUAACCAAUUUUGCCGAGCCGGAUGCCCUGAAGGGCUCCCUGGCCAACACUUUGAGAGAGGUGCGUCCCACGAGCUUCUUGGGAGUUCCUCGAGUGUGGGAAAAAAUGCAGGAAGCAAUGAAAGCCGUUGGUGCAAAGUCGUCUGUCACCAAGAAGAAGAUUGGAGACUGGGCCAAAGUGAUCGGACUUAAAGCUAGCUAUAAUGCCAUGAAUGGCGAUUCCUCAGUGCCGUGGGGCUUCACGUUGGCGAAUGCCCUGGUUUUCAAGAACGUAAGAAAAGCUCUGGGUCUUGACCGCUGUAGGAUUUGUUUCACAGGUGCAGCUCCAAUCACCAAAGACACACUGGAGUACUUUAUGAGCCUUUACAUCCCCCUCUUUGAGUUGUACGGCAUGAGCGAGAGCACUGGACCUCACACCAUCUCCUGGGCUGAGGGUUAUCGCAUUAUGAGUUGUGGUAAGGUGUUGACCGGCUGCAAAACUAAAUUAGACAAGCCAGAUACUGAUGGGACCGGUGAGAUCUGUUUCUGGGGGAGGCAUGUGUUUAUGGGAUACUUGAACAUGCCAGAAAAGACUGAGGAGGCACUGGAUGCAGAUGGGUGGCUUCACUCAGGAGACCUGGGCAAACAUGACAAAGAUGACUUCUUGUUCAUCACUGGCAGAAUAAAAGAAUUAAUCAUUACUGCCGGUGGAGAAAAUGUUGCACCUGUCCCUAUUGAGGAUGCCCUAAAAGAGGAGGUGUCAAUCAUCAGCAAUAUCAUGCUGGUUGGAGAUAAAAAGAAGUUUCUGUCUAUGCUACUCACACUCAAGUGUAACAUUGAUGACAAUGGAGAGCCCACAGAUGAACUGACCCCAUUAGCGGUGGAGUAUUGUCGGCAGCACGGUGUAAUUGCCAGCAAAGUUUCAGAAAUCAUUAACAAAAAAGAACCAGCCAUUUACAAAGCCAUCCAGGAGGGCAUAGACCACGUUAAUGCCAAAGCCACAUCCAAUGCUCAGAGAGUCCAGAAGUGGACCAUCCUUCCACGAGACUUCUCCAUAUCUGGCGGUGAACUUGGUCCAACCAUGAAGCUCAAAAGACCUGUCGUCAGUAAAAUGUACGAAGAAGAAAUAAACAAAUUUUAUGGUGAAUAACAGAAGAACUGUGGGAAUUAAAUGGCUGACUACUCUGGGAUCAUAUUCUUUCGCCUUUAAUAAACAGUAAUCUGUAUUUUGCUCACUCCAGGGCUUCCAAUGGACCGCACUAUUAUAACACAAGUCAAACUUUGGAUCGUUUUAUACCAAUAGAUUUAUUACCUUCAGUACCACUUUAUAUUAAGUGGCCCUAACUACAGUGUAUACUUACAUCAAAAUAAGUACAAUGUACGUAUUGCGUUCAUAUUGUAUUGCAAAACACUUUUGCUGCUAUUGAUGUGAGAUAUGUGUAAGGUUAGGGACAGGUUUGGCGGUAUGGAUAGGUUUAAGGGUGGGUUAAGGUGUGAGGGAUGGCUCAACAGUGUAAUUAUAAAGGUAAUUACAGAAAUUAAUUACAUACUUUUUUUUGUAUAUAUAUGUACAAUGUAAAACAUGUAUGUACACAAUAAAUGCAUUGUACCAAAUAAUUAAUUUAAAUGUAAGUACAAAGUAGUUAAGGCCACUUAAUAUAAAGUGGGACCAUACCUUCUACAAAGUUUCAAUGAAUCAGUUUUUUAUCUAUCUAUUGUCAUUAUAACUGGUUCUGUAUAUUCUGUACAAUAUAUGAAAUUGGACUUGAUUGUGUGUAAGUUGUAUUACUGUGCAAUUACUGUGCAUAUUACUGUUAAUAUAAGAUCUGUGAUGAAGUCAGUUUGUCUGAAUAGAAAUAGGCUAAGACUGAGUCUCAUGUGAUCUGUACAGGUUAAUACUGUUGCUUGCACACUGAGUAUUGUUGGUUCUUCAAACAGUUACAGCCUAACUGUAAAGAAGCAUGUGUGACAAUUGUUUGUUCUCUUGCUGUUCAAAUUUCACCCAGCACAUUGAAUAUUUAUGAGAGUGGAGAUUAUAUGCUGGAAUAUAUAAAUAAAUUAUAUUAUUAGAA